AUGCCUAGGAAGAUGUCUGCGAUCUUUGGCAUCUCAAAUAUUCUUUGGAUGGUGUUUGCAGUUUCUCAAGCUUUCAAAGUUGACAUGUUCCCAGAUGAAUCCAAAAUUUUUGCUCAGAUUGGUGACUCUGUUUCACUGAUUUGUAGCGCAACAGGCUGUGAGUCUGCAUCAUUUUCUUGGAGAACUCAGAUGGACAGCCCACUGAACGGGAACGUGAGAAAUGAAGGGACCAAAUCCACGCUGACCAUGGAUCCUGUUAAUUUCGGGAAUGAACACCAGUACCUGUGCACAGUGAUUUGCGGGGCUAUAAAACUGGAGAAAGCAAUCCGAGUGGAGAUCUACUCUUUCUCUAAGGAUCCAGAGAUUCAUUUGGGUAGCCCCCCAGAGGUCGGGAAGCCAGUCACAGUCACGUGUUCGGUGCCUGAUGUUUACCCAUUUGAGAGGCUGGAGAUAGAGUUGUUCAAAGGGAACCGUUCCAUGAAAAUACAGGAAUUUCUGGAGCCUUCAGAAAAAAAGGCCCAGGAAACAAAGAGCUUGGAAGUGACCUUCUCGCCUACUGAUGAGGAUAUUGGGAAAGCUCUAGUUUGUCAAGCUACAUUACACAUUUAUGAUGAUGACUCUCCACCCAAAGUGAGGAAAGCUACAAAAGAACUGGAAGUCUACAUCUCACCCAAAGACACAGCUAUAUCCGUGAAUCCCUCCACAAGGCUGCAGGAAGGCGACUCUGUGACGAUGACGUGUACCAGUGCAGGUCUACCAGCUCCACGGAUUCUCUGGAGCAAGAAAUUAGACAAUGGGAAUCUACAGCUCCUUUCUGAGAAUGCAACUCUCACUUUGAUUUCUAUGAGGGCAGAAGAUUCUGGGAUUUAUGUGUGUGAAGGAGAUAACCCUGUUGGGAAAGACAGAAAAGAGGUGAAAUUAAUUGUUCAAGAGAAAAUGUUUACUGUUGAGAUCUCUCCUGGACCCCAGAUUGCUGCUCAGAUUGGCGACUCAGUCGUGUUGACCUGUGAUGUCAGGGACUGCGAUUCCCCAUCUUUUUCUUGGAGAACACAGAUAGACAGCCCUCUAAAUGGGAAGGUGAGGACCGAGGGCUCCAAGUCCACGUUGACCCUGAGCCCUGUGAGCUUUGAAAAUGAACAUUUUUACCUGUGCACUGUGGUGUGUGGGCAAAAGAAACUGGAGAAGGGAAUCCAGGUGGAGCUCUACUCCUUCCCUAGUGAUCCAGAAAUUGAAAUGAGUGGUCCGUUAGUGAGUGGAAACCCAGUCACUGUAAGUUGCAAGGUUCCUAAUGUAUAUCCUUUGGACCGGCUGGAGAUUGAAUUGUUUAAAGGGGAGAGUAUUAUGAUGAAUAAAAUCUUUUUGGAAGAUUUAAGUAAGAAAGCCCUAGAGACCAAGAGUUUAGAGAUGACCUUCAUCCCCACCAUUGAAGAUACUGGAAAUGUUCUUGUUUGUCUGGCUCAGUUACCUAUUGAUGAAAUGGAAUUUGAACCCAAACAAAGGCAGAGUACACAGAUACUUUAUGUUAAUGUUGCUCCCAGGGAUACAACCAUCUUGGUCAGUCCCUCCUCCAUCCUGGAGGAAGGUAGUUCUGUGAACAUGACAUGCGCUAGCGAUGGCCUUCCAGCUCCCAAAAUCCUGUGGAGCAGGCAGCUAAGUAAUGGGGAUCUACAGCCCAUUUCUGAGAAUGCAACUCUCACCUUCAUGUCUACAAAAAUGGAAGAUUCUGGUAUUUAUGUCUGUGAAGGCAUUAACCAGGCUGGAAUAAGCAGAAAAGAAGUCGAAUUAAUUAUCCAAGUUGCUCCAAAAGAUAUACAACUUACAGCUUUUCCCUCUGAGAGUGUCAAGGAAGGAGACACUGUCAUUAUCUCCUGUAUAUGUGGGAAUGUUCCCCCAACUUUGAUAAUUUUGAAGAAAAAAGCAAAGACUGGCUACACAGUGCUACAGUCUACAGAUGGUGCAUAUACCAUUCACAGGGCUCAGUUAGAGGAUGCGGGAGUAUACCAGUGUGAAUCUAAAAAUGAAGUUGGCUCACAGCUAAGAAGCCUAACACUUGAUGUUAAAGGAAGAGAAAGUAACAAGGACUAUUUUUCUCCUGAAUUUCUCGUGCUGUAUUGUGCAUCCGCCUUAAUAUUAACUGCCAUUGGAAUGAUUACUUACUUUGCUAGAAGAGCUAACAUGACAGGGUCGUACAGUCUUGUAGAAGCACAGAGAACAAAAGUGUAG